UUAUCUCUCUCUCUCCAAUGAACAGAAUGGCCUCCUCACUUCUCUCUAAAACAUCUUGCUUCUCCCCACUCUGUCUCGUCAUCGUCCUCUUCUUCUGCAACUCAGCUUUAGCACGAAAACCGGGCCAUUUACCAAGAAAUCAGCCUCCCAAGUUCGGUUUCGAAGCUCCCAUGCUUGGUUUUCGCAAAGAGAAGGUGACCCACCUCCACUUCUACUUCCACGACAUUGUCAGUGGCCCAAAACCGACAGCCAUACAGGUAGCAAGAGCGGACUCCACCAAUAAGUCGGCCACUGGGUUCGGAGCGAUCGUGAUGAUUGAUGAUCCCCUUACAGAGGGACCCGAGGUGACCUCUAAACUGAUAGGUAGGGCUCAAGGGAUAUAUGCCUCGGCUGCUCAAGAGGAAGUUGGCCUCCUGAUGACCCUCAAUUAUGUGUUUGUCAAGGGCAAGUACAAGGGUAGCACCCUUAGCAUUCUUGGCCGCAACGCGGUGUUUAACGGUGUGAGGGAGAUGGCCAUUGUUGGGGGAAGCGGAGCUUUUAGACUGGCGCGCGGUUAUGCCUUGGCCAAGACCUAUACCUUUGAUCUCAAAACUGGGGAUGCUGUCGUCGAGUACAAUGUGGUGGUUCUGCAUUAUUGAAGAACUUGAUUUUUUUUCUUUUUUCUUUUUUAUGAUAUAUUGAAGGGUGUAGACCCCGUGAAAGGCUUUGAUAAAAGCCCUUGCGUUAUGUGAAACAUAAUA